UAAAGGCAGUGUGAAGCUAGCAUGAAUGUCCGGGCUUUCCUGUUACUCUCUGGGUCCUAAAGCCUGCCCAGAAAAAAAAAAACCCGGUGCCUUGCAGAUUGUUCAUAUCCGAUAGCUUGGCGAUCUCAUGAUUCCUGUUUUCAAAUACAGGCGCGGCAAACAGGAGUUGGAAAACAAAUGAUGUUUGAAAUCUUGUGGUGCAGACAAUAUUACCUAUGACAAUAGCAUUGUAUGCUAUUCAGAGAACAUAAAGCAGAAAAUUAGUUGUAAUGGAUUCUCAAGUGAAUUACUCUGUCUCUGAAAUGAAACAGAACUUUGGAAAGACAUUUCUCCACAAACACAGUGAAGCUGAUAUGGAAACAAAGGAAGAUCUGAGAAGGAAACUCCAUCAAGCCAAGAAAGAUAAACUUGACAUAACCGCUAAGCAUAAUGCAGAGCUAUCAAACUAUGAAAGCCAGAUUGCAAAACUACGAGCAGAAGUUGAGAAGAGUGAAGCUGUCCGACAAAGUCUGGAGUAUGAAUUAGCCGUAGCAAGGAAAGAAGUUGGCAUAGAACGGCAUUCAUCAGAAGAAAAAUUAGGCGGAGCAAACAAACAAAUAGAACAGCUGCAAGAAAUCAUCAGAGCUCUUCAGCAGAAAUUGAAUGAGGCAGAGAAAACAUUUCACAUCAAUAAAUGUCAGUGGGAUGAUAAACAGCGAAGAUUUAUCAAUGAGUUAUCAGAAAAGGAGUUGCUUAUUAGUACCUGUCAUGCUGAAUAUGAAACCCUUUUGAAGGAAAGGAUGAGAUUGGAUGAUAUUUUGAAGGAAAGCACCAGCACAGUGCAGAAUGUCCACAAAAAAGUAGAAGAGCUAGAAAGAGAACAUAAUGGCUGUUCAGAAGCCUUGAGGCGACAGGCCAGCGAACUUCAGUUUGGUGCUGAGCGAGAGACUCGGCUUAGAAAAGAACUUGAGCUAGCUAUGGCCAGAGUAAAAAAACUGGAGGAAAACAUUGAGGCAGAGAGGGCUGCACAUCUGGAAUCCAAAUUUAAUUCUGAAAUAAUUCAGUUACGGAUCCGAGACCUUGAAGGGGCUUUGCAAGUGGAGAAGGCCAGCCAAGCAGAAGCAAUCUCUGACUUGGAAAUGUUCAAAGGCAAAUUUAGAGAGGUGGAAAACGCCUAUGAGAGAGAGAAGCGUAAUGCUCACGACAACUUGGAAAAAUUCAGCAUAUUACAAAGGGAGCAUCUAGCUGCAAACAAACAACUAAACGAAGAGUUAGAAGAAAAGAAGAAAGUAAUUAAAGACCUCUCUGAGACACUCCAGGAUAAUGAAAAAAGUUACAAAGAAUUACAGACUGAACUUCUUCUGACCAGGAAACGCCAGGCCUUCCUAGCAGAGACAUGUGAAAACAAUGUGAGAGCACUGGAGUCACUUCUGGACAGCUUUACUAUGUCAAGCCAAUGGACAGCAGGCAUUCACAAGGACAAAGAUAAACCUCCGAGCUUCACUCUUGUCCUUGAGACUUUGAGGUGUACCUUGACAGAUUACCAGAACAAGCAGGAAGAGGCAUCUAAUGAGCUAGAGAAAAUGACAGCUCUUUCUGAGAAGAUGGCAAAAGAACUUGAGGCUUCCCAAUACCAGCUAAGAUCUCAAAGUCAAGAACUUCAGGUAAAACAUGACAGUCUCAUUGAUAACAAGAAGGAGUUAAAUAAUCUGCAAACUAAGUGUGCAGACAGAGAAUCCUUAAUAGCUACAUUAAAAAUGGAACUACAAAAUGUAUUGAAUUGCUUGGAGAAAGAGAAAGCGUGUUGUGCAGAAUAUAAAAAUGAAAUUCAGACACUCAUGCAGGCUUAUGAGAAAAAUACAGAGGAGAAGUUAACUUUCCUCCAUACUUUGUACCAGCACUUGGUAGCAGGCUGUGUUCUUAUAAAGAAAUCAGAAGGCAUCUUGGAUAAAUUCUCUUGGUCGGAGCUUUGCACCGUCUUGCAAGAAAAUGUUGAUACACUGAUCUUAGACCUCAACAAGGCUAAUGAGAAGGUAUCACACCUUGAAUAUGUUUGUAAGAAUAAGUCAGAUACAAUGAAGGAGAUUCAACAGACCCAAGAAGAGACUUUGAAGAAAUUUGUAGAACAGAUGAAAGCUCAAGAAAGCUGUUGGUUAAAGCAGAAGAAAGACUUGGAACAGCAAUAUUCUGGACUCCUUGAGGAAGUUCACACCAGAGCCCAGAAAUAUCAAGACAUGGCAGAAAAAGCCAAAGAGAAGUUCUCUGCUACUGAAAAAGUCCAGGAGCAAUUAGUCCUUGAGAAUUCACACCUUAAAGCUUUGUUGACGCAGACUCAGAAAGAACAUAGAUCUCUGCUAGCAGCUUGCGCGCUGUUGUCCGGGGCACUGUAUCCCCUCUACUGUCGGUCCUGUGCCCUCUCAACUCAGAGAGAUGUUCUCCAGGAUCAGGUCAAUACCUGUGACAUGUUCAAGCAAGAAAUCAGGAGACUGGCCAGUGCAUUGUGUGAAACUGAGGAGAGGAGGCAAAGCAACAGCAAGGUGAAGAAGAAAAGGCAUUCCAGAAGCUGGAUACACCUUUUCCGAAAAAGUGUUAUUGCGGUGCUGGCUGUCCACAGGCUUCAGAUUUUGUGCAGCCAGUCGUGCAGCUCCCUUUUCUCCUGGGUAGAUGGUGUCAGAGAAGGCAUAGCAAUCCCUGUCUGCAUUGGAGAUUCCAAGGAUGUGCAUAAUCUGUCAAGACAACAAAAGGAGGAGAUUCACUGCCUUCAAGCAUUCAGUUGGUUUACCAGUUGUGACCUUCUUACUGCAGUCCUUAAUUCUAUGGCUGAGUUACAAGAAGUAAUUAGCAAGGCAGAUAUGAAAUCCUGGCUUUCGGGGCACUUGCUCACCAACGCAGCCAAAAAUUCUUUUUCAAAACUUAUGGAGAAACUUUGCGUUGUGAUGGAAGUUACUCCAAUGGACAGCAGCCGGAGUAUGACUUAUGUAGAAAAAGACUCCUUGGUUCAAAGACUGGCUCGUGGGCUCCAUAAAAUAAACGCACAGACCCUUGAAGCUGGCAUAACUGACAGGACCCCUGCUACGAAAACCAUAGCAUUCUUGCAGAAGCAGAUAUUUGAAUUUACACAAAGACUGCACACAGCAGAAGUAGAACGGCGGUCAUUGCGCUUGGAGCUCACAGAAUUCAAACGGAAUUUGAAUGAGAUGAAGAAAGAGGCUGACAAAGCUCAUAGUUUUCAAGAGCAAUUAUAUGUGUUUAAGCAAUCUAAAUUGAUCACCCACGAGAGGUUUGAAAGUGCAUGUGAAGAACUAAAUAAUGCAUUACUCCGGGAGCAGCAGGCCCAAAUGCUUUUGAAGGAACAGGCGCAGCAGCUCCAGGAGUUGCAAUUUAAACUGGAAUUGCAUUCUUCGGAAGAGGCAGACAAAAAACAAACUCUCAGCGAUGCUGUAAAGAGUCUCUCCGAGGCAAAGAUGGAGCUGAGAAGAAAAGAUCAAUCUUUGCGUCAGCUCAAUAGACAUCUUACCCAGCUGGAGCAGGACAAGCGUCGGCUGGAAGAGAGCAUCCAUGAUGCAGAGAGUGCCCUCCGCAUGGCAGCCAAAGACAAAGAAUUAAUUGUUAGUCAUAUGAAAUCAGUGGAAUCUAUCUUUCAAAAUGUCAGAGAUCAGAUCUCGCUGUCAUGGACUACAGCAAGCAGGAAUGACUUCGCCCUGCAGCUGCCUAAGCUGCACCUGGAGACCUUUGCAAUGGAAGGGCUGAAAGGCGGGCCAGAGGUUAUAGCAUUCCAGGCGAUGAUUAUAAGUUUCAUAGAUGUCUAUCAGUUUGCAUGCUCCAGAGUCUCUGCAUUAGAACGAGAAAUAACAUCCCAUCGGCAUCACAUUGCAACUCUGAAAUCAGAACUCCAAACAGCUUGUCUUCGUGAAAAUGAAAGCUUACACUCAGAUUCACGAAACGCUUCAAGCAUCCUUACUGUGUCAAGCUCUUUACCCCAGCUAGAUCAAGGCUGUCUUCCAGGGUUUUUGCCACUGAAGUCCGAAUCAGAUUAUGAUCUGCCUUUUACCUUGGCACAUAAUAGGUCUCCAAUUUCAUCAUCCUUUCCUUCAAACCUGCAUGUCAUGUCUGCCAAAAGAGCAAUGCCAAAUGGAUGCUAGAAUCUAGUCAUUUUGUAAGCAGCCGAAAGAGAAUUAAUUAAAGUCCGAUUUUAUUAGGAUAUUUUUAGCCUUUGAAUUGAAGUUUGUUCUCUAUGCAUUUCUAUGGCGUUAAUUUUACAUUCUUCAUGGGAGGAAGGAGGGGGCCAUGUUCACACAUGCCACAUAUCCCAUGGCUAGCAUAGUAGAAGGGUCAUUUUUUUAAAAAACUUUCAUUUACUGUGGUAGCUCAUUUUUAUGUAAUAUAUUUUUAAAUGUUAAGGAAUGACACAUUUGGGGUAAUUUUCCUCAGACUUUAAAAAAAAUCAAUAAGCCAUUUUAUUCUCUAUCUAUCAAAGUUGUUUCAUACUUGUCUAUUUUAAAACAGGGCUGCAAUACUUUAAUAGGAUUGAGAGAGCUAUUUGAAAUGUAUGCCAAUGAUUCCUGUCAUUUCAUGGCAGUCCUGCCAUGGUUCACUGAGCCCUCUCUUCUCUCUUGUCAGCUCAACUGAAGACAAGCAUUUAGUUGCAAACUUUAAGCAGGUUGUGCAAAACAGAAAUGAUGUGACUGCUUCUCCUCCUGCACAAUUAUGUCACUCCUGGUCAAUGUGAGAAGGUCAGGUUGCGCCUUGUAAAGCUACAUGAUACCACUUGCCCAUUUGAACAAGUUAAGUGCAGAAUCCGGUCCCUAACGGCCGCCUUUUUUUUAUCAAGUCGGCAUUUGAUCAGGAAGUAGAAACAAUGGUGUAGGGAGAUUUGGAGAGUACGUGUUUAUGUGCUUUAAUAAAGGCAGUUCUCAAGCCAGCAUCACAGGUAAUAAAUUUAGUCCGAGUUUCAAGACUUUAAAGUAAUGGCUGCUCUGACCUUCAAAAUAAGCUCCUUUUCUUUGUUGUUGUUGUUGUUGGUAGGACCCAAGAGUGACGCCCAUCUUUGAUGCUGACAGAAUUUAAAACAAGGCCAUUGCCCUGCAUUUUCUGCCUUGUAGCACACAAAAGUAAAAUUGUAUGUCAGGCCAAGAUGUCGGGGAGCUGACAAGAUGCCCCAGUGACAUUUCAGCUGGAAAGAGCAAGUGUCUUGCAACCAAGUGGUCAAAUAUCAAAUAAUAGGUCAAGCAGGAAGGAGCUGAGUUCUAACCACAAAGAGGUUUCUGGUAACUUACUUGACAAGCUUUUGGGCGCUUUGUGGCUUGACAAAGUGAUAUUCUGUUGGGUAUCGCUAGACAGUCUGUUCUUUAUUGCCUUCAGAAGAUCAGACAUUGACAUUGAUUAAACUCUUUAACCCUUAAAGGUUAAAUUCUGGUUGUAUGCAUCAUUGUGAGGAAAGAACAAAAGAAAUUUUGUAAUAUAUACUAUUUGUUAUGGUAUUAAUCACCCCAACUCCCCAGCGCCAUUAACAUUUGAUGUGUGAUGUAGUUUUUGACAGGGUUAUUGAAUGCAAAAUCUAUACGUUAGAUUGCUUCUCAUUAUAGAUCAGAGAUAACAUUAGAAAAAUAACAUUGUGCUUGGUGGAAUUUGUAAUUUCUCAUGCUUUGAUAAGAGUAGGGUUUGAUUCCAUAAACCUGACUGCUAACAUUUGUCUUUGUCCUAUCAUCCCAGAAGACAAUAAAUUUGCAUAUGUAAUAUACCCACCACUAUCAGUAAAAUCAUGUAAAUUCCUGACUGGUAAUUCCAAAGCCACUCUGUAGAACUUUGAAAUUUUUCAAGUAUUUCUUAUUUUAAGAUAUCAAGAGGGUUUUCAUGCCUGCAGUUGCAACUGUGUUCAUUUAAAAAAUGAGCAAAUCGUUGUUGUUUUUUUAAAAAAAGGUCUCUCUUCAUAACAUGUUAUCUUUGGUCUAUUUAAGGCAAUAUUUUUUUUUCCUUCUACGAAGAGAAAAACCAGAAAAGGUAACAUGCGUUAUUCCAAUCAGAGGUUGCUUAUCUUUUCCACAUGGAAUUUUAGCAUGCUUUGUUUUGUGCUGUUUUUCAUUUUUUUAAUUAUAGUAUAUAGUUA